GUUGGUCCAUCCCAGUCAAUUGCUUGGAGCUCUGCGAACGCCCAAAGACGAGACGCGACAUUCUCACCACGUCACGGCACGGCAAGAUGGCUUCUAUCAACGAGCAAUUUUACCUGCGCUACUACUCUGGCCACUCUGGCCGCUUCGGCCACGAGUUUCUGGAGUUUGACUUCAGGGUGGUUGGUGACGGGCGAAGCGCGAUUGCCCGCUACGCAAACAACUCGAACUACCGGAAUGACAGUUUAAUCAGGAAAGAGAUGAGCGUCAGCUCUGUCGUUAUCGACGAGAUCAAGAGGAUUGUCAAACUCAGUGAGAUCCUGAAGGAAGAUGACAAGAAGUGGCCACCCAAGAACAAGGAUGGCAAGCAGGAGCUGGAGAUCAAGAUCGGAAACGAUCAUAUAUCUUUUGAGACUGCCAAAAUCGGGUCGCUCGUUGACGUCAACGAAUCCGCAGACCCCGAAGGGCUGAGAGUGUUUUACUACCUCGUACAGGAUUUGAAGGCUCUUGUCUUCAGUCUUAUCGCCCUUCAUUUCAAGAUCAAGCCUAUAUCUUGAAGCCUUGCGCAUUUGUGGGGACAUGUUGGCAUGGAAUAGUGCAGUUGUUGCGAUACCCUCUUUCUUCAUCACGGGUGGCAAGGGAAAGAGCGAUGAAGUACCGGCACAGCUCUUUGCGCGCUCCGAGUCCAGGGAAUGGAAGCACCUCAAAAGGUCUAUCUUGUGUUGGCCGCUCCUCUAGGCUAGGCACAUUUGGAUGAUAUCGGAGCAAGACGGCUGACCGAGACUAGCUCGGAUCGUUGUCUCAUACGAAAACUAGCCCAAGGCCACUUCAGGGUGGCUGAUGCUGAUGAUGGGCGGCUCUUUCCUCAACUUUCCAUUCUCUCCCUCUCCCCCCGACCUGCUAGCCUACAAUCCUAGUUGCAAAAACACGGUACAUAUGGCGGGUGUCGCAUAAUCUCGGAGCAGCCCAAUAUACCGGCAUCCAGAGACAAGCUAUGGCGUGUUUGAGAAUCGGGAUUGACCACUCUUCGUGACAUGCUUUUCAACGAAGUUGGGACGACCACACGGAGCUGCCGCCCACGCGGCCAGCAGGGUUGAAGGCGGCAUGCACGAGAGUGAGACUCGGACCAAUUACAGCUCCUGGCUGCCAUGCAUCGGUUGCUGCAUAGGCUUUUGCACCAAAAUCGGCGUGGCGCCCCUUGAACCCACCACUUUCUAGAUAGGCUCGCAGGCUUGCUUUUGUCGGGGCAGAUGACGACAGGCGGCGGUUGAGCGAACUAGGGUUAAUUGAGAAGUCGCGAUUCUAGAA